GUCAGAAGCGGGCCCUAGAUCGAGACAUGAUACCAAACGACGUAGACGGUAAAAAGAUUAAGCUGGAAAAGGGAAUGUUGGAUAUUAAAGAAGAUGAAGAUCUUUUAUUAAAGACAGAGUCCGGGAAAAUACCAGAGUUGCUGAAGAGUGCAGAAGUAAAAGCUACCAUUAAACUGGAGUUGCCAGCUGGAGAUGAGCCAAUGGAUAUGAGCACAUCGAAAAGUGAUUUGAAGAGCGAAAAGAGGGUUCCUUCCCCGGAUGUUAUUGUAUUGUCUGAUAAUGAGCCGUCCAGCCCACGGAUGAAUGGAUUAACAAAGGUUUUGAAAGAGCCCAGCUCUGAGACAUUCUUGCUCAUGCGGAAGAGUAGUCCAGAAGAGCGGGAGCGCAUGAUAAAGCAACUUAAAGAAGAGUUACGGUUAGAAGAAGCUAAGUUGGUGCUCUUAAAGAAGCUUCGACAAAGCCAGAUCCAAAAGGAGACUGCCCCACAGAAGGUGACGUCCCGUAUUUCUGGCACGGUUAUUCCUCCUCCUUUGGUACGAGGUGGACAGCAGGCACCAUCCAAGCAGUCUUCACAGAUAGUGAUGCCUCCUCUAGUACGAGGAGCCCAGCCCAUCUCUGUCUCUCCUCAACAGAUUCAUAACAUCAGACAGCAUCCAAGUACAGGGCCCCCUCCACUGCUUAUGGCACCAAGGGCAUCUGUACCCAGCGUUCAGAUGCAGGGUCAGAGAAUCAUCCAGCAAGGCUUAAUCCGUGUGGCAAAUGUUGGCAACACAAAUCUCUUAGUCAACAUCCCACAGGCAUCUCCAUCAUUAAAAGGAUCAACAGGCACUGCCUCUAGCCUCUCAAGUGCCAACUCUAAUGACUCUCCUGCCAGCCGACAAGCAGCGGCCAAGCUGGCCCUCCGCAAACAGUUGGAGAAGACUUUGUUAGAAAUUCCUCCCCCAAAGCCAUCUUCCCCAGAGCUCAACUUUCUGCCAAGUGCAGCUAACAACGAGUUCAUCUACCUAGUGGGAUUAGAGGAGGUUGUACAAAAUCUGCUAGAAUCUCAAGGUAAAAUUUCUCCAGCAUCCUCAUCCCACGAACCUUAUAUAUGUGCCAAGUGCAAGACUGACUUCACUAGCCGCUGGAGACAAGAAAAGAAUGGUACCAUCAUGUGUGACGUUUGCAUGUCCUCUAACCAAAAGAAAGUUCUUAAAGCUGAGCACACAACCCGACUGAAGGCUGCCUUUGUUAAGGCCCUGCAGCAGGAGCAGGAGAUUGAACAGAGGAUAUUACAACAGAGCUCUUCUCCUGCACAGACUAAGGCAGCGCAUUCUGUGCAACACCACUCUUUGAAACAGAGUUCUACCCCAAUAUCACGUGGACUAUCAGGGACCACACGAGGCAUCUUGCACACCUUUCCCCCUACGACCAAGCUGUCUAAUGCAGCCACUCUUGCUAACCGGGCAGGAAAAGCAGGAGAUAUUUCUCUGAACAAGAGUAACAUGACAGGAAACUGGAAGAAAAGCCCUAUUAAUGCAGGAGGAACUUUAGCUUUUGUAAACCCAGGCCUCACCGUGCACAAAUCAGCAGCUGUGGACCGUCAACGGGAAUACCUCUUGGAUAUGAUUCCUUCUCGCUCAAUCAGCCAAUCAUCAACAUGGAAAUAAUGAAUAAGGCCCUUGGGUGUCACCUAAAUCACAGGCAAAAUAUGUAAACCUUAAGAUUGUGUGAGAAACCUAAACGACAGACUGUUUUGUACACUUUCCUUCACUUGUGGCUUUUUGGUGAAGGAUAUUCCUGUCCUACAAACCCCCCUCCUCUGGUCUGUGUGUACCACAAAUUCUUCUGUAGAUGGCAGGCUAAAUAGCAGCAUCUAAGAAGAGGUGCCUGGGGUACAGGGUUCUCAGUGGAGGAGAAUACAGGAAGAUUGCAACACCAUAUUUUAUCUUCCAGAUCUGAUUGGACUGUCCAGCAACUUGAAAUCUCACAUUAUUCUCGUCAUAUAUAUUUGUUUUAUCCUCAAUAUUUUUUUUUUUUUUAAUUUUUCAGUUCUUGCACCCUCAAACAUUUCCUUCAGUUUCUCUGCUUCAGGUUAAUUUUCCCAAAUUAAAAAGUAACCAACAACAAUGUGCUUUAUCAUGCCGAAACACC